UAAAGGCUUGUUCUCCCAUCCUUCAAAUUUUUAAUUUGCAACCUUUAUAGUAUGUUAUUUCUUCAUAUUUAAUUCACUACUGAUGUGCAUAGUUUGUGUUAUACAUCCAAAAGUAGGAGUAGGAGUUGAUGUGAGUAUUAAAGUUGCAUCGGCAUUCAUCAAUUUAUCAACCUCCCCUUCUCCAAUUCUCUUUAUUGACUCUCCAUUUAUUGGCCUCUCCCUAUUUCCCAACUCUUCUUCCAUUCACAUACACCAUUUUUACCACCAUACAUGAGAAUUGAGGCAUAUACAUGAUGACAAACACACAUAAGGUAUACACAUAUAUAGAUGAUACAUCCAUCCAUAUGACUUCACCAACGAUCUUAUUUUUUCUUUUUGACGAUCUACUUAAGAACAUGAAGUAGUUAAUGAUGAUAACAUAAUUAAAAUGAUGCUAAUGGUAGAGGAGAAAGGCAAAGAGAAAAGGAGACAGAAAAAUUAGUUAGCUAUUCACAUCUAAGCAUUUAAAUGAGCUUGGAGUUAUUGAACACACCCAACUUGGAACUCACACUUUACUUACCUCUUUUUUUCUUAUUUCUCCAAAAAUCAAAACUAAAAUGCAAUAGUCGACAAAUCACUUUUAUUGCCUAAUAGUAAAAAUCCUUAUAAAAUUUAUAACUAUACAGUUUAUGUAUUUUAUUUUAGAAUAUCUAACUUAUCAACCAUUAAUAAAUUCUUAUAGUAUAUUGGUAUCUAUAUGAACCGGUGGAGACAAUAACUCUGAAGAUUUUCCUACAUGAAUAUAAAUAGAGACGAUCUUUACAUACUUUUCAAGUCUAUCUGCUCAUUUCCUCACAGGUUCAAAGAGAGAUAGAGAGAGUAUAAAAUUUCCAAAAUCACUCAUUGCAACAAAAAGGCUGAGGCUAAUGGUUUCUCGACAAGAAGGAACCCUCUUCUCAAGAAAGAGGGGUUUAACAAUGUAUGGAGAAGAGUUUCACAAUUCAUUCAAGAAGACUAAUAUAGAAGAUCAAUCACAUGGUAAACUUCAGAGCACUAGACCAAACUUAGAGAGUAUGAGAUCAGUUACCUUUGAUUUCGAACUUCAUCUCCACACUCCUCUACAUUCAGAUUGGCAGAAAUCCAUAGAGCCUAAGGGGUAUUCAAGAACAUCUGAGGAUCAUAUGACAUACCACAAAAAUUUGGUGGUCGUCGGACGACCUAAGAUGAGCCUAGACCUUGAGCUGAACCUUUCACCUUCUUAUUCACCUCCAAAAACCAGUACAAAGAUAGAUGAAUCCAUAAAUCACAGAGAGACCGUGUCACCAUCGAAUGGUAACAACUUGACAAUCCCGAGUAAGAAGACCACACUGUCUUGGCUUUCGUUUGACGGUGGUAAUGAUGUUGAUCACGAGGAGCAAGAGAUGGUAACAAAAGUGUGCAUGAAAUGCCACAUGCUGGUCAUGCUGUCCACAUCAACUCCUGUUUGUCCCAACUGCAAGUUCAUGCACCCACGUGAUCACAGCUCUACAAGACUGUUCAAACCACCAAAUUUGCUUAGUCUCUUAUGCUAGGCUCUUCAGAGUUAUUGAAUAUUAAUGUGCGUACGGAAUAUAAUAUGAGCCGUAGAUUAUAUACCCUACAAGUACCAAAACUUUUAUUCCAUAUGCUUCCAUGAAGGAUAUAUCCUUUCUCUUUGUUCAUGUUUAAGAUCUCGCAACCUAAUAGUAUUUGAAUUGAAUUUUACCUGAGAUAACACGUACAUCUAUAUUAUUAAAAGAGAAGUACCCAUUAAAAAAUACCCCUAAAUUUUUGAAGUUAAUUACAUUUUCAUGCCACUGAGAAUUAAAUUGAAUUUCCUAUUUUAAUGCUUGUCUUUUUCAGUUAGAUUAAUUUGUUUUCCUUAUUCAAAUAUAAACUUAACAUCAUUAAAUUAACUUACAUAUUUUAAUACUUAUGUUUUUCAGUUAAAUUAAUGAGUUUCCUUUAAUCAAAUUUAAACUUAAUGUCAUUAAAUGAACCUAAAAAUACAUCAUAUUUAACGUAGCUUAUUACGGACAAGUACGGCCCAAUAAUGAACUUGAAUUUUAUUUUUAUGAAAACGUGAAUCACUUGACGUAUGUAAUAUUUAAAAUAUAUUAACUACAGUAUAACAAAUGCAUAUAACCUUCCUAUACUUUAGUUUGAAAUGAUCAUGCUCAAGUUUUAUAUAGUCCACUUACAUAAUGCAUCAAGCGAUGUACAAUAUUCAAACCACCUAUAAUUUUUGUUUUCCUUAUAUGAUGUAUCAACCAACCAAUCAUGAUAUUGAAUUUCUAAGCUUUAUAAAAAAAACAAAUCAAUAAAUACAAACUCAAAAUCCAAUAUCUUCUAUUAAUCAAAACAGAAUAUCUUCAGUGUCGUAUCUAUAAUGUACCUAUUAAAUAUAGAAACUGUAACCAUAGUAAUUACACUAAUUAUAAGAAUAGAUUUGAUUACAACCAAUUGAUAUAUUACUUCGGUAAUUGAUUUGCUUGCAGAAGAGAAAAUAGUAAAUUUAAAAUUUGUAAGAAUAUAAAGAUAUAGAGAUUCCAAUCCAUUGCCUAUAUUUGCGUAUGAUUUUUGCAUAAUAAGCUUCAAAUUGAACAUUGAAAAAGAUAGAAAGAUUUUUUUUAAUCUUUUACCGACAUAGAACUUAAACAAAACGAAGAGUUUUUUUGUUACACUUCCCAGAAAAAACGGUUACAACAUGGGCUAUCAUAAUAUGGCCUUUUAACAUAUUAAUGUUAUGGACAUUUAAUAAUUAUCUUGACGAAAAACAAAGACUAUAAAUAAUUUAUUAUUAAUAAAAUUAUGAAAUUAUUUACAAUUUGAUGACUAAUUCAUUGCCCUUUUUUAUAUGUUAAAUUUUUCGUAGAAGUUUAAAAAUCAUUAUAUUUUCUUUAAAUAUGUAUAACUAAUUUAUAAUCUUUUAUGCCAUAUUAAGUCAUAAUAUAAUAUUUCUUCAUAAUUUACAUUAAUAACCAUUGUUUUUAUAUAUCGUCUACAAUUCUCUAAUUACGUCUGUUUGUUCUAUUUUUUAUAUGAUAUCGAAUAUUGGUCAUAAAUAGAUGGUUUAAGAUGCCAAAAAAAAUUUAUUUGGUGAAUAUAAUACAUCAAAUAUUACAAAUACAUCAUUUAGUUAAAUAAAUAACCAAAAAUCAAAAAUUCAUACCCGCGCUGGCGCGCGGGUCAGGUUCUAGUGGAAUGUUAUAAGUCCAGUACAAUCCUAACUAAACAUUUUAUGGAUACUGACUAUAUAUAGUUAUGUUAAAGGCAUAUUUGAUAUAUAUUGCUUGACAAGCAAACUUGUUUGAAUAUAAUUCUGUUUGUUUGAAUAUAAUUCAACAGCAACAGACCACGUGAUGCGUGAUAAGAUGUUUGUUAAUUAAAGCAGAAACAAAAAUAAAAGAUAAUAAUACUGUAUGAACCAGAGAAGAUCUAUAAAUAAUAUUGUUCACAGGUGGGGAACAAGACGAAGAUGCAACUAAACUUAUAUAAACAUCAUACGAAGGUUAGUAAUUUACUAUGGGUUUUUUGAAAAUGUACCUAUUUAGAAAAAAUUACUAGUAAUCUGUUGUGGGUGCACUAAUCAGAUACUGACACCUGCCAACAGGUCGAUGCACCAAUCAAAUACUGAUACGUGUCAACACAAGUGGCAGUUCACCAAUCCGCGCUCCAUUAAAAAUCGACGAAUCGAUGAGAGAGCGACUUUCUUCAUCUCGCGAUCCGACGAUCACCAUCGAUUCCGCCGUUGAGGUUAGUUCCUUCUUCUUCAUCAUCAGAUCGGUAUAUAUGGAUUUGGUACAGUCGAUGAUUAUGGUUUCCGAGAAUCGCAGAAGGAAGGAGAGACACGGAGAGAAGUAGAAGAGCUGAGGAGAAAGCUUGCGAUUGAGAAGAAACGGAUGAAUCGUGUUAAGCUUUGCAAUUCGAUGGAGCUUCUUCUUCUCGUCGUUCUGGUUCUGUUGCUUUCCACGUUCGUCCUAGUCUUCUUUCUCCCAUCUCCUUGAUUGUAUCAUAUCAGCGUCUGUUGUGCUAGUUCCACUUCGAUCACAUUAUCAUCUUAUGUAGAAGGGAUCGUCAAUUCGUCAUCACCUUGAUUACAUAUUCUUUGCUUUA